AUGGGUCGUACCGUCGACCAGGAAGUUCACGCGGCGUUCGUCGAGUUCCGCGCCAAGGAAGAUGAUAAGUGUCUCUCCGUUCAGUGCAUCUACUGUCAGCAGAUCCGCGCAAAGAACACCUCGCGUCAGAAGCAGCACCUACUCGAGUGUCCCGGACUUCGCGGCCAUACCAACCCUCCGGCUCCUCAGACUCAGACCACCCCGUCCGCUCCGAACGGUAUCGCCGCCAACGGCUACCCUCCCACCCCCAAUGGCACCGCAGCUGCCGCUCCGGGCACCGGCCCCAGUGCCGCGACUACCAUGCAGACUCCCAACGGACCCAUGAUGUCGAACGGCGUGGCUCCCCACGCGACGCCCAUGCAGACGCCGCUACAGAACAUGCCCGGUCGCGCCUCGUUGCCCACCUCCGGUCCCACGGCAGGCGCCGCCUCGUCCGCGUCCGCCUCGCAACAGGCCUCGCGCGCCACGCCCAAAUCCAAGCCCAAGACCUCCACCUCCAGUCUGCCCGCUCCCCCAUUGGACGAUGUCCACGCGGCGUUCGUUGAGUUCCGUGCAAAGGAGGAAGAUAAGGUAAGAACGGCCGGCACCCUCGACACCCCCGAGGACGGUAUUUUGACAGAGGAACAGUGCCUGUCGGUGCAAUGCAUCUACUGCCAACAGGUCCGCGCGAAGAACACCAGCCGACAGCGUCAGCACCUUCUCGAGUGUCCCACCUACCUCAGCGUCAUGAAAGACUCCAUCCCCGCGAACAAUCUCCUUCACACCUUCCCCGAGGGCGAUGUGGCCCGCUCCCUGCAGAUCCCCGCUCCCACCCUCGAAUUGGACUUCCGCAUGAGCAUCAAGAUGAACCCCCGCGUUUCAGUCGGACAAAGUAUUUGGGGUCAGAGGGAUUGGGUGACGUUCAUUGGCGGUCAAUGGGCCGGCAGAUGGGGCAAGGGCGUUAUCCUGCCGGGAGGACAGGACUCUCAGAUCGUGACCAAGGAGUCCACUACCAGUCUUCGGGCCAGCUACAUGCUUCAAACUUCCGACGAACCGCCGGCGUAUAUCAUUGUAAAAACCAACGGGUGGUUAACGGGUGCGAAAGACGUUCUGGACAAGGUUAAUGACCCCAACGCGGCAGACGCUAUUAAUCCUAAUACCUAUAAGUACCGGGUAAAUCUCUCUAUGGAAACAGGUGAUGAACGUUAUGCAUUCUUGAACACCUUAAUGUGGAUUGGCAGUGGCUGCCGCAGAGGCCAUGAAGUCAUCUUCGAUGCUUUCCGCGUCAAUUGA